GUGAUGUUUUAAACAUGCUAAAUACAGAACUUUUACCCGAGGAUCCAAAUGCAUAUACAAACUUUCUGAGAUUAACUAACGAUCAGUUCGAAUAUUUGCUGUCGUUGAUAUCAAAUGAAAUAUGCAAACAAGAUACACUAAUGCGAGAAUGCAUCCCUUCCAGAAGCAAAUUAGAAGUUACCUUGCGAUUCCUAGCAACAGGCGAGACAUACCGAUCCCUUAUGUACACCACUAGGAUACAUGAAACUACGAUAAGCCGCUUUAUACCUGAAGUGUGCCAAGCCAUAGUCUUGAAAUUAAAACCAAUCUAUUUAAAAGCACCAAGAACAGCAGAAGAAUGGAAAAAAAUUUCUCAAGAUUUUGAUCAAUUAUGGCAAUUUCCUCAUUGCGUGGGAGCUCUUGAUGGUCGCCACAUCACUUUUAGGGCACCCAUAUCUGCUGGCUCGUAUUAUUACAACUACAAAGGUGCAAAUAGCAUUGUGUUAUUAGCAUUAGCCGCUGCCAACUACAAGUUCAUUUACGCAAAUAUAGGUGUCAAUGGACGAAUUAGUGAUGGGGGUGUUUUUCAGAAUAGUAGCUUGUCAAGGGCACUACAAGACAAUUCUUUGAGUCUACCAGCCCCAGAGGUAUUACCAGGAAUGACAGAAGCUUUACCGUAUGUUAUUGUUGCCGAUGAUGCCUUUCCGCUGUCAAAGAACCUAUUGAAACCCUAUCCAGAUCGUGGACUCGGCAAUGAUAGCAGAAUUUUUAAUUAUCGGUUAUCCCGUGCUCGGAGAAUAAUAGAGAAUUCCUUUGGAAUUCUUGCAAACCGAUUUCGUCUUCUGUUAAAUCCAAUUAAUUUAGAUGCAGAAAAAGUAGAGUUGAUUACACUCACUUGUGUAGUGUUACACAAUUUUCUCGCAACAGACAAUGCACAAUCAUAUAUUGAACUUGAAGAAUUUAAUGAAAACUUGCCGAAAAUAAAUCGACAGUGUGGUAACCGGACAUCUAUUGCAGCAAGAGAUAUUCGUGAUCAUUUUAGAAGUUAUUUUAAUUCUUCACAAGGUUCGGUGCCCUGGCAACAAAAUGCAAUAAACAAUUUUAAUUUGUGAAAUUCGUUUUUAUUUUACA